AUGGCAUCCGCACUCUUCUUUCUAGAUCUCAAGGGCAAGACCCUUCUUGCCCGUAACUAUCGUGGUGACAUUCCCAUGUCAGCAGUUGAAAAGUUCCCCGUACUCCUUUCAGAAGCUGAGGAAGAUUCCUCUGCUGUUCCGCCGUGCUUCUCCCACGAAGGCAUCAACUACCUCUACAUCCGCCAUAACAACCUCUACCUCCUCGCCCUUACGAAACGAAACACGAAUGCCGCCGAAAUCCUCCUAUUCCUUCACAAGAUCGUCGAGGUCUUUACCGAGUACUUUAAAGCGUUAGAAGAAGAAUCCAUCCGAGACAACUUUGUCAUCAUAUACGAACUUCUUGACGAAAUGAUGGACUUUGGUUAUCCUCAAACAACAGAAUCCAAGAUCCUUCAGGAGUACAUCACCCAGGAAUCUCACAAGCUCGAGAUCCAGGCACGGCCACCAAUUGCCGUCACAAACGCUGUGUCGUGGCGAUCAGAGGGUAUCCGGUACCGCAAGAACGAAGUAUUCCUCGAUGUUGUCGAGUCUCUCAACCUUUUGGUGUCUGCGAACGGCAACGUCCUUCGAUCAGAAAUUCUUGGCGCUAUCAAGAUGAAGUGUUACCUCAGUGGCAUGCCCGAGUUGCGCCUAGGAUUGAAUGACAAGGUCAUGUUUGAGACAACCGGUCGAGCCACCCGCGGUAAAGCUAUCGAAAUGGAGGACGUCAAGUUCCACCAAUGUGUACGACUAUCACGAUUCGAAAACGACCGAACCAUCUCCUUUAUCCCCCCUGACGGCGAAUUCGAGCUCAUGUCCUACCGUCUCAACACUCAAGUCAAGCCCCUGAUCUGGGUUGAAUGUGUAGUCGAGUCCCAUUCAGGCUCCCGAAUCGAAUACAUGCUCAAGGCUCGAGCUCAGUUCAAGCGCCGCAGUACCGCCAACAAUGUCGAAAUCGUGGUUCCCGUUCCAGAUGACGCCGAUAGUCCUCGUUUCCGAACAAACAUUGGGUCUGUUCAUUACGCCCCUGAGCAGAGUGCUAUUGUCUGGAAGAUUAAACAAUUUGGUGGUGGCAAGGAGUUCCUGAUGCGUGCUGAGCUGGGCCUGCCAAGCGUGAGAGGAGAUGACGAGCAAGGUGGCGGCAUGAUGGGUGGUUUCGGUGGUAGCAUGGGAGGAGUCGGAGGUGUGGGUAAGGGUGCCAAGCGACCUAUCCAGGUCAAGUUUGAGAUCCCUUACUUUACCACAAGUGGUAUUCAGGUUCGGUAUCUAAAGAUUACCGAGCCAAAGUUGCAAUAUCCUUCGCUGCCUUGGGUUCGAUACAUUACCCAAUCUGGCGAUAUCGCUGUACGACUUCCCGACGCGGUCUGA